AUGUGCGGUACUGCCAGUGGUACAAUGGUCGUGUCGCUAGCGCUCUGGCGGGCUUACAUCUCUGCGCUUACACCCGACGUCGCCCGGCUAUCGUCCGGCGACAACCAUCCGUUGCCCGCUGCUUCCAGCAUCAAUUUUUACGGCGACGACCGUGCGGAGGACGACGCAGGUGCCCAACCACCACCCAACCACGACAAGCCGGAGAAGAAGCCCCGGAAGAAGUGGACGAUGGAGGAGAUGCACAUGCUCGUCGCUGCAUGCAACAAGACGCGUCUCCCAUCCAAGGUCCGCUCCGCGCUCGCAGACGGCACCUCCAUUUUCGAGAAGACGUGGAGCACGAAGCGACCUCCCUUCACUGAGGAGGAGGACCGCGCCCUCGAGGCCGGUUAUGACAAGGACAGCACGGUGCGAGUGAUGAUUGUCAAGGACCCCACCUUUCAGGCCCAGAACCGCCAAUCCACCAAUGGGCCCGCGACGCCGCUGCGCGCCGCAACGGAUGACGCGCUCGCGUCAAGCAGCCUGACGGGGCCCGUGCGGCGGAAGAGGCAGCAUGCGGACCAAGGCUUGUUCAGGGGCGAGACGAAGAGCUCGGACGACGAGGACGGGCUUGGGCGUCUCUCCGGUGUGUGGUCUACGGUCAUGAACGCUGCAACUCUCUGCCACCGACUGCUUGCGGAAUUCUCCGUUCCAGCGACAAAACGAGUCCAGGCCCAUGAUCGGCAAGUCCGCGCUCAGGAAUGGCUGUCCGCGAAUCCACACCUUGAGCCUUCGUCGAGUAGGCCAUCGUCCUACUUCUCUCCAGCCCCGUCAUCACCGUUCUCCUUCCCACAGCUCAACCGCGGCGUUCUCGACCGCUAUGACCUCUUUCCUACUCCGUGCGUGUACGACUUUGCCUCGGACGUCGGCAUCAGCAACACGCGCUCAGCGUUCUCCGACUCGGAUACGUUCGCCCCGAGUAGCUGCUGGCGGUUCAUGCACCACCCCAAUCACAUCGGUGAAAUCCUGCGCUCGGCCACACCAGCCACAGCAGUCCGCCGACUACGGUUCAGGAUCAGCUUCGGGGGCGGCGCAGCACUCGGGCUCUCACGCUCAAAGACCACGACACUUCUCUCUGACCUCACCACGUUCGCCCUGCCCUCACAGACCGUCGAGGAGAUCAACGGCUUGACGCAGGAGAUCCACGUCAUCCUGCCGGUAAUCCUCACAGCCGCUCAAUCUCGGUCCUUCCGUCGGGACUACGACCUGCGUGCGAUCCCGCAGAGCCAGCAGAUCAGGCCGAAGUCGCUUGUACCGCCCAUGCGGUCACUGUCGCUGAUAGUCUACGUGCCGUCGCAUGCCAUCAAGCACUACUUCGAACGGAUGGCGAAGGUCUACGAGUAG